GUCUGAUAUCCUAAGGAUGAUUCAUACCAUCAAGCUCACCCUGGAGCAUCAUACAGCGCUACUUCAUCUGAUGUUGGCCAAAUUUGCAACAGCUCCUGCAGAGCAGGGUCCAAGUGAUGAUCCUCUUGGUGAACCAUUCCAAGACCUUCAAGCGUUCCUGCAGUUCGACGCCCGAUACUCAGCUCAAGCACAGAGGAUGGAGAUGGAAAAUGCCCUCAUGCGAUAUGGAGGAACCGACGAAAAAGACACCACAAAACGGAUCCUGUCACAUUUGAUGUCUGACACAGUUGCACAACAGUUCAGCUAUAGAGGGCGCAAGGGAAAGGAAAACUUCAGCGCUCUCAAUAUGUGCAAGAUCAUCAUUAGAUCCGUGCUCAAGAACCCACGGGCCAAAGGUGCAACUGAGGCGCAGGUCGAAGAAUACAUCAAGUCGUGGUUGGCGCAUGCGACAGAGCGAGUGCAGAGGGCGGGUCCGACAGAAGACGCUUAAGGUGACACCAGUGUAGCCGCCGUUGUGUGAAAAAGUUUUUUUAUGUGCUCGUUUAUAGGCGAACAUUCCAACUUUGUGAUCCGCAUGUAUGUUUAUAUAUCUGCGUGCCGGCAGACUUCCAGAGAAACAUUUCUUUUGGUGUUUAGAUAUUGAAUCAUCUGGUUUCUAUUUCGUGUGAUGACACGCAGGUACGCUUCACGAAACCCUCAUAUUAUAGGUAGAAAUCAGUACUGCUUUUCUUGCAUUAUGGUGUUGUCUCAGCAGGGAAACUUUAGCCCACGUCUUUGUUCAGCAGCUCUGCCAGUCAUCGUGCCAUUCUUAGAAUCUGUGUGCUUUAACUCUCAGCGGUUAAGCGGUCUCAGUCACUCAGCGGUUAUAAAUGUCUGCUGCACUGCACACAUGAGCCCUUCACGAUGAUAACCAUUCGUACGAAGUUUUAUUGGAACCAUUAGCAGUCACAAAAACCUUGCAGAAACUACAAUAUUGUCAAUUUGACCUCACCGCAUGCACAAGAUGCAACGUGUGUAAUCUGCUUGAAGUGCAGUUUGUGUGUUUCAGUGACAGAUGCUCAUGUCUUAUUGUAGCACCUGUGUUUAGUUGCAUGAACCUGGGUCACUAUAGAGAGUAAACCACACCAUUGUGCAACACU